CUUUCGUGCUUUUUCCCUCGCAAAUUUCGAACAACCGAAAAUGUCAACAAUCGUCUCCGGCGACGGCGAGAUGCUCCGGCUUCAAUACUCACGCCUUUGUUGUCUCAUACACAACUCUCUCCAUCCAUUCACAGCGAAAUCAACGGAAUCGAUAAGCAAAGAACAAGAGAAAUCGCUGUUAAUUACACUCUCUCAGGUUUCAAAUCAAAUAAAGCUUUGGACUGACGAAUUUGCCUCUGGUGAUCAUGGCAACCCAUUAAACGACAUUUCUAGUAAUAGCAAAUCCACCAUCGUUAGCUCAAUCUGCCAUUCUUCAGCUUCCGAAUGUGUACUCAAGAUCAUAAACGAAUUGGUGUUCUUGCUAGCAAUCCAGAGUCCAUAUGUUCGACAUUUAUCAGGAAAUGUUCUUGUAGCCAUAUCUAAGUUUGUGGUGUCGAUGUCAUCUGAAAACCAUUUGAAAGAAUUCAUCAAAUCACUAUGUCUCCACUUCAAGCUCAUAAUUCAUAAAGCAAUUUCACCAGAUCAUGAUUCUCCAGCAAGCUCAAUCAUAUUAGUAUUACGAAAUAUUCUAAAACACCUGAAACAUGAAGAAGAUGAUGAAAUUUUGGAAGUUUAUUUAAACACUCUUUCUUCUUGCUUACAAGAUAUACCAUGGGAGUCAUGUAACACGGUUUCCAAUGAGUUUUGUGGUCAUCUUCUUCAGUUGUUUUGUUCGAUUGUUUCAAAUUCUGAUGACAAAAAUCCAAUGAUUCUUGAAAUCUUUAACAUCUUUCCAAGAUUUCUAACAUGGUAUCAGAGCAAUCAAAAAGCUGAAAAUCAUAGUUAUGUGAGAAUCUCUCAAUACAUUCAACACAAGAUUCUUGUAUUGAUGAUGAGGCUUAGUUCAAUCAUUGAGUUAGAUUGUGAGAUGAUUGUUUCAUGGUUGAAUCUUAUCGAUAAACACUUCCAAGAUUUGCUAUUUGAAUCUUUAACUCAAUCACACACCAAUCAAGAUGAUUGCCUUAAAGAUUCUCCAUUUCUUCUUGAUGAAACUUGUCAUCAUCAACAUUUACAAAGACGAGUUGUUUUCCUUUACUUGAAGUGUAGUUUUCAUUUGAUUAGAUUACAAGAAACAAAAGGAUUUAUUGCAAUUCAUGAGUGGCUCAAAAACCAUCUUGUGAAAUGCAACCAAUUUGCAGAGUCUUUUGUACAGCUUUAUAUCCAUGAGGAUGAUAUGCUAUUUGAAAUUCUCUUGUUGCUAACUGACAUGCCUUUUUGCCACAAGCAACAGAAAGAUUUGACAUUGGAUGUGUUUGAGAAGGAUAUAAUCGUCCUACUGUUGGAUAUUUUUGAUCCUGUUCAUCUUUUACAUAUAUUUCUUUCAGAGAUACAUUAUGAUCAUCAAGUGCUUCUCGAUUACCUUAUCUCCAAAGACACUGGAGCUACAUGUGCUGAGUAUCUUUUAAGGUGCUUGCGAAUCAUAUGUGAUAAAUGGGACCCGUUUCUAAACUUCUCAAUUUGCAAAGAAGUUGGAAGCCAAUCAUCUCAAAAACGAAGAAAAGUGAUGAAUGAUUCAUUUGAAACGGAUCGUAAAAACCAGAAAAGCUUUAAUGAACCGUUUCAUGAUGCUAGGGAUUGUUUGCUUUUGCUAAAGAAAUCGAUUGAGAGUUUACACCACAAAAAUCUUUUUCCAUAUAAUCCAAAAGUGCUUCUGAAACGGUUGACAAGAUUUCAAGAGCUAUGCCCAAGGCCAUAAGGCACUCUUGCUUGUCUGAUUGGUUUGUAGGAUCACAUUUUUUUGGGUUUAAUGUUAAUUUUGUGAAUAUAUAGAAGAUAUGACCUUUUGAUCAUUGUGACUCCUUAAAAAUUAGAAAUGAAAUGAUAAGUAAUUCUUUAUGAAACUUAA